ACGGUUGAGAUAAAAAAAAGCGCACGCCUAAUAAAUAAUUCAUAACGACGCGCGUCGCGAGCAAAUAUUCGUUUAAAAAAAUAAAUCGGAUCCAACGGCCCCGGAAAACGGAAAUAAAGCAGAAAUCGCGAAGGGAUAGGUAACUUCUGUUUAGCGCGCAGUUUGGCACCCACUAAGUGAUAGUCUUCGACAAGCGAAUGCGUUAAAGUUAGUACGGAGCACGAAAGAAAUAUUAAGCGGAACGAAAGAAAAUCCACAAAACGAUAAGAGCGUAUAAAAGAAACAAUUAUAAUAAGACAAACAAAAGAAAGGAAGCAGCAGUUAGAGAGUGUAAGCAAUUGGGACACGCAGCUGCAGCCAAGUGGAACAAAUUUGAAGGCAGCAAAUCAAAUACUUGCCGUGCUGGCUGCCAAAGUUGGGAAGAAACGAAGCUGCAGUCACCGUAAAACCAAAUAACCGCAGUACGUCAGAGACCACAAGAAGUUUUUAGGCUAAAGUAAAUAGCAGCGGCAAGUUAAAUCAAAAGUCAUAGUGCAGACACGAGCGGCGCGCCGCGUACUGUAAGUAGCAGCUGCUGAGAGGAGGCAGAGAACAGUUCGCCACGAACGAAUACAUUUGCGCUGCCACAAAACUACCACCACAGUGUCAACGAAGCACUGAUAUGCUAACUACAUAAGCCCUCACAGCACCCUCACACUCACACACACAAUUUUAAGGGCGCCCUGCUAUCUUCCACCGCAGUUAUAUAAAUAAUAUUUUCGUCUCAUCAACUAGUAGAGUUGAGAAGCUUUGGAACAUCGGCUGAAUCGCAAGCGCCUACUUUCCACGCGGGCGUAGCUGAAAAAAGGCGACACAUCCCCAACGCUGUUAAGCGCAGGGAGUCAAAACGCAAGCAAUAUUCAAAGCGUGAAACAACAGCGCGCUGCUGCAACGCGCCACGCUAAUUGGACAAGCAAAGUCAAGUGAAGUGUGGUUGAAACGGAGAACGGAGAAGCGCCUGCUGCCACCACGCCGCGUUGACGCGUCUACUCUCGGCACAGCUACCCACUCGAACACACAAUUGCGUCGCCGAUUUGUUAGCUUUGUUUCAGCUGUUGUGUAAAUUGUCCGCUGCUGUGUGGAAAAGCGCGCAACAUUCACUUGCCCCCGUCCAUCCUCUCUUUCCGCUUCCGCUACCGCCAUCGCUGUGUAAUUGGCGCGUAUAUUGAUUAAGUCACAAGUGUCGCGCGGCUCCCAGCGACAAUCGUCUUCAGUGUUUCACCGCGUGUGCUGUGCUGCGCUGCGCUGCGUCUAACCCUACACUACGCCAUAUCAAUCGGGGUGAUAACCGGCUUGUAUUGACAUUUGUGGUUAUUAAUACAUUAGUACCAACGCUGCUGGUGUGCUUCCAUUUACACGUCCAUUUACGUGUGCUAUUGUCUGUUACGUGUCCCCCGCCGAAACCGAAUUUAACGCACCUGAGUCCGAGUCCGUGUCCGCGUGCGCGUUCAAAUCUACAUUCGUUUCCUUGCCUCAAUCGCCAAAUUGUUGUCGCACGCGGUAUCAUUCGUCUUAAGCGUGCAAGUCAAUCAUCAUUUGUGUUGUGAGUGAACAUCGUUUGUCUCGUUGCAUCGCGCCAUCAAAGAGCAAACGAUUUCGCAAAAUUCACCAGCAACGCACCUCAAUCCCAACCCAGCCCACCUGUGCACCUGUAACUGCUAGUAAUUGUACUGAAUCAACAACGACUCCUACUACUAUAUACCCGCCCGCCCGCAACAUCGACAAUAGUUGUACGUGUUUUUGUACGAUAGCUGAAAGCCAAGGACAUGGACCCGUCGCUGCUUGUCGUGUUGAUCUUUCUUGUGAUAAUUAAAGAAAGCUGCCAAGGACCACACGAAAAACGUCUACUUAACCAUCUUCUAUCCACCUAUAAUACACUCGAACGACCCGUAGCGAACGAAUCGGAACCGCUAGAAGUCAAAUUCGGCCUAACACUGCAACAGAUUAUUGAUGUGGACGAGAAGAAUCAACUUCUUAUAACCAAUCUUUGGCUUUCGUUGGAAUGGAAUGACUAUAAUCUACGAUGGAAUGAAACUGAAUAUGGAGGCGUGAAAGAUCUGCGGAUAACACCGAAUAAGCUGUGGAAGCCGGAUGUGCUGAUGUACAACAGGUGA